AUUUGAUUUAGAAAUUGUAACAAUUAACACUAAUUGUGUUCCUUAAUUGUUGUUCAUUUCUACUUUUGUAAUAAGCUAAUCAACAGUUGAUUAGAUUUAAUCCAAUUGAUUGUAACUCCAUAAUCGAUCGAUGGACAAACAAAAAAACUCGAAAAAUAAAGAGAAAUAAAAAGAAAGAGAAAAAGAUUCAAAUAGACAGAGAAGAUAAUUCUCUUUCUUUUCUUCUCUGUCUAUUUUAUCUUCCAUAGGAUUUUCCAUCCCCAUGAAUUCAACCUGAAUCUUUAUUGUAACCAUAUGUUGAUACCAAUUCCAUGUUAUUGAUUUGUUGUCUUCUUUUCCUAAAUUGUUGUAAUUAAAUUUGAUUCUUUUUAAUCAUAACUGUAAAUUGUUAAUUGUCAACAUGGAAAUGUUCAGUUCAAUUAUUGAUAAAAUAAUCAGCGAAGCUCAACAAUCAUCAACAAAUUCAAUUGUCAAUCAAGCUCGAGACCUAAAAGAGCCAGCAACAAUUGAAGCAUUCAAAUCAACCAUAUUGGAUGAUUAUCUCAAGCUAUUAGCUAAUUGUGUCUCAUGUAAGAACAGUAAAUUGCGACAAUUAGGAAUCAAUGGUUAUGAGACAAUUAUCCGAGAUAAUUCAUUAUGGAGACCCGAUGUUUGUGAGAAUCAUUUUUUCAAUCAAAUAAUUUCAUCAAUCGGAUCAAAGAUAAUCAAUUGUAAUGAGAUAAUUCAAAUUGAAUUAGUCAAAUGUCUACUUGAAGUUACCUGUUCAAGAAUAUCUCACCUACGGUUCACAGAUCUUGAAAAAGUUUCAGAUAUUUGCUGUUCAACGAUAAUCUCAUGUUCACCUUUAACAAUUUCAUCAUCAAAAGAAUCACCAUCAUCAUCAACAACAACAACAACAUCAUCAUCAUCACCAUCCUCGUAUUCAUCAACAUCAAAUUCACUGGCAGCAUCACUUUCAUCAUUAGCAUCCUCAUCCUCGGUCGAUCCAUUAAUUGGGUCAUCAACAGUGAGCCCAAAGAUCACUGCAUCAACGGCAACGGCAAUUCAAUCAUAUCGUUACUUUAUCGGUUACCUGAUAACUGAAAGUUCAAUUGAAUUAAGAGAUGCAAUCAAUCAUCAGAUUAUUCCGCUUCUCGAUUCUCUGACAGGUAAAAUUAUCAUUCUCAGGAAAAGAUGCUAUUUACAUGGUAAAGGUGAUAAAAGUUCACGGUCUCAGAUUAUUUUGAUUUCAUUUCAAAUAUCAUUCAAUUUAAAGUGUAUCAAUGCCAUAUUAACUUCAUUGGAAAUUGAUAAAUCAAUUGAAAAGGAUUUAACUGAUUUCGUUUGGCAAAAAUUGGGUCCGAUGUUGAUUAAAUUGUUAAACUUUAAUAUGAAUCGAGUAAUUAAAUCUCCUCGAGUCGAUAAAUCAUCAAUCAAAAAGAAUCGAAAAAAUUCAAAAGAUGAAAUUUAUGGCCGUGGAUCAGAAUGUUUAUCAUUUAACGAUAAAAAUAUUAUACAAUUAAAGGAAGUUUAUGGAGUGGCUCGUGAAUUGGUUCGUCUUUUUGGUCCAAUUAAGUACAUGAGGCCAGUUUUAGAGUCGAUUUUUCAUCGAAUGCUUCUUUAUCCAUUGAUUCACUUUCGCUUUGAGGCUCUUCAAUCAAUUAAAGAGCUAUUUAAAGACAAUCAGUGUCUAAUUAAAUUAUGUACCACAGUUGAUUCACCAACACAAUUAUCUUGCACCGACAAGGAUUUAAAUCUGAUCAGAAUAAUAAUUGAUUCACUGGUUGAAUGUAGUUCAACUAACGAUCAAGAGAUUAUCUUUCAAAGUGUUUACUGUAUCAUCUCAUUGAUUAACAGUUUGGACUCAAUUGUUUCCGGUAAAAAUUUAACCAAUCAAGGUUAUAAUUGUGUUGUUGAAUCUGAAGAUAAUUGUGGUAAUGAUGGUGAUGGUGAAAGGAGAAAGGUCAAUUUUGGUAAAGGUGAUUCUAUUGAUACUGAAGAGGGUGAAGAUGAGGAUUUAUCUCAAUCAAGUAAUGAUGUUUUCACUCAACCUAAUUUGGUAUUACAAUCGGAUAAUGAGAUGGAGAUUACUUCAUAUAAGAGUAAAUUAAAGGAGAUAAUUGAUAAUCCUGAUGGUGAUGAUCAAAGUGAUGAUAAUCAAUGUAGUCUUGAUGAUGAUUAUGAAGCCGAUGAGGAUGAUUCAGCUUCCGAUGAGCUGUUUGUAACUGAUGAAGGUGAAUCACUUAAACAAUCAGUUAGUUCAUUUGGAUCACAAUGUACCCUUGAUGAGAAGACCAAUCAAGAUGAUGAUGUAACAAUCAGUUCGAUAAUUGAAUCAAAUGUCACCAAAUCAAAUGUCUCUCAUGAUAAAGUCUCUCUGAAUGGUGAGAACAAUGAAGAGAUGAGAGAAGACAAUCAACGGAACAAUUAUCGAUCUCGAAUCAUCUCAGAGGUUCGGCAAGAAAAUGAACGUCAACAAAUCAUCCUGGAUAAUCACGAUUCCCUAAUUAAUCAAGAACGGGAAAAUGCUCGCGAUAUGAUCAAGGAUCUAAUCAAAAUACUCGGUGAUUUAUUGACCAUGAAAAACAGCGUUCAAAUCGACAAUGAACUGCAAAAAUUUGCUUCGAAUUUCUGUAAAACAAUUUGGGAGAAACGUAAAUCAACAAUUAUCACUUCAUCCGAUCCACUGAUCAUCAAUGGCGAUGGUGUUUAUUUGGCUGUUUACUCAACCCUCUCAUUGAAUUUAAAGCUGAUGAAAGACAAUUACUACAAUUUAGCUACACAAUCUAAACCACCAAUUACUGAGCAACAAUUUAUUGAUGAUAUUUACAAUUCUGGUGUUUUGGUUUACCUUUCAUCAACUUGGCUUGCUGAGCUUUACCAGCAAGUUUUGGUAAAUAAUUUACUAGGCGAUGUUGGUUACACUUAUUCAUUGUCUAACAAUAUUGCCUUGAUUAAUAUGAUUAGAGAUAUUGAUGGUGGUGAUCAAGAAGUUGCUGGUAGCUAUGAAUUAUCUGGUUAUCGUAAAUUAACUCAAACCAAUUUACAAUUAACGACAACAGUUAAAGAUGGACAGAAUAUCGGUCAAGUGAUUGCUCGUCGUCUUGUUGAUACAUUUUGGGAGUCGAUUAUCAAAAUAAUGGAAUCAAUUUUCACCAAUGAUGCAAAUUCAUCUUCAAAUUUAUCUCCAUUUCUUUUACUCUUAAAUCAUGACAAUGAAAAAAGUUCAAUUGAGAGACGGACAAUUAUGAUUAAUUGUCUCUUGGCUUUGCAAACAGCGUCCAAACUUUGCAUCACUUUGGGACUGCAAUCACGAUGCAAGGGAAUCUUUCAUUUGUUAACACGAGCGAUUAUCGUCAGCCCACAUUGCGUUUCUAUCCCAUUAUCAACAUCUAAUAGCGAGAUGAGUACAAAUGAUAGUAAGGAAAACAAAGGAUCGGUAGUUAGAUUGUUGUCCAAACAAAAUCCGAUUUCUCUCCAUGUUUCUCAAAUUUUAAGUCUUCGAUCAAUUCUGACCACUGGCCUACAAAUCGCUACUCACUGUGAACCCUGUUGGGACUAUAUUUUUCAAUCUUGUGCCUUUAUCAGUGAAUUGGAAAAUGAUUAUUUCUCUUCUAGAACGAAAAAACCUUUCAAAAAUCGAUUAACAUCACUACUUCGUCCAAGGAAACAAUCAGCUGAUCCAACACCCGAAUUAAAUUUCAGUCAACAUGAGAUGUCUUCGUCUUUACUUGGAAUGGAAAGUGAAUCUGAUGUCAAUAAAUGUCUCGAUCAAUGUAUUGAGACGGUAAUGAACGAGAAGAAUGGACGUAAAGGUGAAGGAAUAAUCGUCGAUUCUUUAUUGGAAAGAUCACUUGAAUGUUUAUCUCACCUUUCUGAUCGUCUUUUUACCGAGGCCACGUCGCGUCUUAAUCUUAGAUCCCUUCUAACUUUCCUUGAAGCUUUGAUUGCGAAUUCAAGUAACCAAAUCAAUAAGAUUUCAAAGAAAUCAAACAUCAAAUCGACUUCCAUCUUAUUGUUUAGUCGAUUCUGUGAUGUUCUACUUCGAAUCGGUAAAUCGGGUCGACCUUUGGUUCAUUUUAUGAGAUGUUGGGGUCUUUCAGUUCCCCAUCUAAUUGAGGCUUCCAAUUGCUCUAAAUUUGACCUUAUCAUCUGUAAAUCGGCCGUUUCAGCGGUUAACGAUAUUAUCUCAACUAUAUUGGCGAUUCACACCGAAUUAGAUCAUUUCCAUUUCAAUGAAGCGCUUUUCAUACCCUAUGAGAAAAUUUUACGAUUAGAACUUUGUGAUUCUGAUAUUCAAGAAAUGAUCGUAAGCUCAAUCUGUGGUUUCGUUGAAGGUUCCAGAGAAGAUAUUAAAUCAGGGUGGCGAUCAUUAUUUGCAGCUCUUCGUGGUGUCGUCUUACCAGAAUCGAGAUCAAAUUUACCGAUUUCCAAAAACAAUUCCAACCAGAAUAAGAUUACCGAACCAACCGAACGGUCAAUUGAACGGGUCCGCCAAUUACGAGUUAUACUUGACAUAUUUGAAGCUUUUCUCAAUACCCAAAAGUUGGACAUCUUUGCAAAUUCAGCUCUCGAUUGUAUCAUUUGUCUACUUGAUUUAAUGAGAGAUCCUCUUGAAGAUGAAUCAAAUCAACAACCAAUUAACGAUGAUUAUGAUUUACCUUCAACUCCAAAUGAGACUCACUUUGAAAUUGAUUGUAAAAGUCUAAAUGGUAAUGAUGAUGUUGAUCUUUGUCUUCUUUCAUUGAAAUAUCUUCAUCAAUUUGAGUCUAUGCUUCGAUCGAUGUACAAAUUACCCGAUAGUCCAUUUUUCAUCUCUUCCCGACGGAUAACCUUAAGCGAGGAACCCAAAACCAUAGAGAUACCAGAAUAUUGGUCAACUGAAUUAUCAUCAUUGAACUUUGAUGUUCCCAUAAAAUUGUCAUCCUUUGAUAAACCUUCAAGGAUACUUAAUGUUUGGUUCACUCUGAUCGAUGGUAUUUUUAAUUGUAUCAAUCGAUGUCCCAAAAUCCGUCAAGCAAAAACCAUCGAGACUUGUAUGGCCAUUCUAGGAACCUUAAGGUCAAAUCCGGGAAAUCAAUUCGCAAUUUAUUGUAUUAAUCAUUCGGCUCUUCCAUUCCUUCAAAAAUGGACUCAUGAAAUUAACUCUCAACUCUCUUCUCUAUCAUCUAAUUCACCCUCAAGCCAAUUAACUAAUUUCAAGCACUUUUUUGGUUUAAUUACACAUCUAAUUGUUCAACAUGUCAAAUUGUGGGCUGAAGAUGAUCAAUCAUUGAUUGGUGUUGAUUUAAUGAUUACACAAACAGUUAUCAUAUUGAUUGAAGCAACUCAAUCAUCAUACAAAGAGUCAAUAUCCAAUCUUGCCUCUUCUUGUUUCAGUCAUGUUAUUAUGGAAACUUAUCAAUACUUUGAUGAAGAAAAAUGGUCAAUCAUUUCGAUUGCUUUUCGUUUAAUGCAUUCGACUUGUUUAACAUCAAUGGUAAAGUUAAUCAAUGCUUUUCCCAAUCGAUCGUUAGAUUUUUACAAAGAUCUUGAAAGGAUUCGAGUUGUCGCCCGUCGAGUUCAGACUGUCCCAAAAGCGGAUCUUAUAACCAAAGGAUUAGCCCAACAAGUUUUCCUGUUGAAUUUUCAAAAACCUCGAGAAAAUGAUCAACAUUUGAGUGAAAAUUUCUCAGAGACUGAGAAAUAUUUCAUCUUUGAGAUAAUCACAGACGAAAACAAUGAAUUCGAAAUACCAUUUCGUGAUUUAAUCAGAGAAAUUAAUAAACAUUCAACGUUGGUUAGAUUAAUUGGAUCAAUCGUUUUAUCUGGUAAAAGAUUCACCGUUUCUCCGGUAUCUUAUUUCAUUGAGAUUAAUGAGAAUAACAAUCAACCCGAUGAUCGACCGAUUGCAAUCAGUUCAUCAUUUGUCUCACAAUCGCUGGACAUGUUGAUGGAUUCGUAUCGUGAUUUCCAUGAAUUUGACACCAGAUUAGGAUUAAAAUUGGUCAUCCAGAAAAUGGCCCGUCUUCAUGUUCCCGCUAAUCUUUAUAAACAAUCAGCCUCUUGUUUUGCUACUUGUUUCCUAAUUUGUUUCAAUCAAGUUUACCAAAUGUUAAUUGAUCAGGAGAAUACAAAUCAAUUGGAAGAUAUUGACUCUUUUGGAAGCAAUUUACGUAAAACAUUUGACCGAUUAUGUGGUCACUAUACCGAUUUCAUUGUCCAGGGUCAACAGGAAAAGGGUAAAGUUGACCAGCUGAUGGGAAAUCCUGUCUUCCUGUUUCCGGAAUCAUUGAGUAAUAGUUGUGAAUCAACUUGUGACCAAGAUGACAAAGAUAAUAUAAGAAAUGAAUUUAUUAUUGAUGAUAUUGGACGGGAAAGUGACCUGGAAUCGUGUAAAGAGAUAAAAUCAGACAUUGAGACACAAAAUGAGACCAAAAAUUAUAUCGUCAUGAGUAAAAAUCGUAUCGAUUCAGUGAUGAGAAAUUAUCGUAAAUGGAAAUCACAACAUUCACCUUUACCUCCAUCAUUUAAUGAUUCUUGGAAUCAAAAGAAUCAACUUCCUAAAAGGUAUCGAGGUAAAUUGUCCGAAGUGACAACAAUUAACAAUGGAUUAAAUCAACAGGAUGGAAACUGUGAUGAACUGGAUAAAGAAGGAGAUUAUCUGAUUAAAGAUAGCGAAGCUUAUGAAACCCUUUACUCUCAAAUCUUAAUCUCCAUCUUUCAAUGUUUAUUAACUCUCACUGAUUAUCAAUUUAAUCAUCUUAUGCCCUAUCUUAAUCAAGGAAUCGAAAGUCUAAUCAUUUAUUCACAAUCAAAAGAGUUACGAUCGUUAAUUGCGUUGAUUUACCGUCGUUACUCACAAAGAAAUUAAUUAUUCUUAAUUGUUUACUUUCUAAUAUAAUUGUCAUUCCAUUUAAUCUUAUAUUUUUAAUUGUUCAUAUAUUUGUGUCUUGAUCAGUCGUUGAUUGUAAAUUAAUUAUCUCUCUCUCUCUCUUUUCAUCUUGACAAUCAAUUGUGAUCAUUAUCUUUAAUCACUAUUUAUGUAAUUAGAUUGAUAUUUAUGUCAUUGACUAUCAAUUAAUCUAAGAUUUAAUUACAAUGUAAAAUUAAAUGAUUGAUUCAUUGAUUGUGAUCUUAAAUUAAACUGAUCAAGUUGAUCAAUUUUCUGAUUUUAUGCCAAGAAUGUUAUAUGUUAAUUAAUCGUAAACAUUGACAAUAUUAAUUAGACGAUUGAUCUUAUGAAUAUCCUGAAAUAGACACUUACUCAUGAGAGAUUCAUAGUUGCACCAACAAUUGAUUCAACUAAUGAUUUUGGACAUUAAAUCAUAAUUAACAGAUAAUUAAAAGUUAUCAAGAGUAAAUGAAUUUUUUUCAAGGUGUAAAUACAAUUUUCCCAUUGAGAGGCGACAACUGAGCCUACAAUAGUUGGCAAAAGUGUAAUUUAAACACCAAAGAAGUAAACAGAAACUACAAUUUACAAAAUUUAAU